UUAAAAAAAUCUCUGUUUUUUUUCUUUCUUACAAACAAAAAACUCAACGGACACUCACACCCACACUCACUCACAUUGAAACCAAGCAUUUAUUAUAAGCCUCUCUUCGUGUAGUAAAAUUUUGAAUGCUUCAUUCAUUAAAACUCACGAGAAUCUUGCUUAGUUUUUCUUCUUCUUCAAUUCCUUGCUCAGAUCCGAUCCAUUCCAUUCCACAAAUCUCUUCCUCAUCUUUCACUUUCCUACAUAAGCUAGAGUCCAAGAAAUUAGGAAUAGUAUGCCUCAGGAGAGUAGCUUAUUAAGCUCAAUUUUCGCAUCUCCUGCAUCAAAGAGGAUAUUGAAUUUGAAGGGUUCGGUUUUUAACAAUAGUGAGGUGAAUGAGGAGAUCAAUGAUUAUGAAUUAGCAUACAGGAAAGCAGAGGAAGCAGCAUCAAGGAGGAAUGAAGCAGCAGAAUGGCUUCGAGAAAUGGACGAAGUGGCUUAUUCAUCACUCUCCAAACAACCUUCCGAAGAACAAUUCUGUCUCGCUCUCCGCAAUGGUCUCAUUCUCUGCAACGUACUCAACAAAAUCAAUCCCGGUGCUAUCCUCAAGGUGGUGGACAAUCAAGUCCUUGCAGUUCACUCUCCAGAGGGACCAGCCCACUCUGCUAUUCAGUAUUUCGAAAACAUGAAGAAUUUUCUUGAUGCUGUUAAGGAUAUGACCCUUUUGACCUUUGAAGCUUCUGAUUUAGAAAAGGGUGGUUCAUCAAGCAAAGUUGUAGACUGCAUUCUUUGUUUGAAAGGGUAUUAUGAAUGGAAGCUAUCAGGUGGAGUUGGGGUUUGGAGGUAUGGAGCAACUGUCAGGAUUACUUCUUUCCACAAGGGAACUCCUUCUUCAUUGGGCAGUGAAAGUGCUGAUGAGUCCCUUGAUGAAUCUCAGUCCUCACAGUAUGAACAGUUGGUUGAAUUUCUUCGUAUGUCUCAAGAGGUCUCAAUCGAAGAAACCAGAACUGCUAGUGCUCUGGCUUUCCUGUUUGAUCACUUUGGACUCAAACUUCUCCAGGCUUUCGUUAGAGAGAUUGAUGAUGGGAUUGAAGAUCUACCGCUCAAUGCAAUGGUAAUUGAUACAUUUCUCAGCAAGAUAGUAAGGGAUUUCUCCGCGUUACUUGUUUCUCAAGGCACUCAGCUUGCAUUUUUCCUCAAGAAAAUAUUGAAAGGCGAGAAUGGUUGUCUCUCUAAGAAAGAAUUCAUGGAAGCUAUUGCAUUAUAUCUUAAUCAAAGAAGUAGUUUGUCGUCAAAUGAUUUAUCUAAAUUCUGCGUUUGUGGAGGAAAACGUGAUAGUAGUGCUCAAAAUAAUGUCAAAUUUUCAUCCAAGUAUGCUGAAAUAAUUGAUGCGCAGCAGAAACAACUUGAGGGAAUGAGAUACUUACUAGAGGAGAUAAGAAAGGAAGUCAAACAGAUUCAAUCUGAAUGGGACCAAGAAUCGAGCAGGCUCGAGAAUCAUAUAAAGAGCCUUGAGGUGACCUCCUCUUCCUACCACAAAGUUUUAGAGGAGAAUCGAUCUCUUUACAAUCAAGUGAUAGACCUCAAAGGAUCCAUUAGGGUCUAUUGUAGAGUGAGACCCUUCUUAGGUCAAUCAAAUGGACAAUCUACAGUAGAUUACAUAGGAGAAAAUGGAAACAUAAUGAUCGUGAAUCCCCUUAAGCAGGGAAAAGAUGCUAGAAAAGUAUUUUCAUUCAAUAAAGUGUUCGCAACUAAUGCCACACAAGAACAAAUAUAUUCCGAUACAAAACCAUUGGUUAGAUCUGUUUUAGAUGGCUAUAACGCGUGCAUCUUUGCAUAUGGACAGACUGGCUCAGGGAAGACCUACACGAUGAGUGGUCCGGAUCUGAUGACCGAAGAGACAUGGGGUGUUAACUAUAGGGCUUUGCGUGACUUAUUUCAUAUAUCAAAGGAAAGAGCAGAAGCAAUAAAUUAUGAAGUUUCCGUCCAAAUGAUCGAAAUAUACAAUGAACAAGUGAGAGAUCUAUUAGUCAGUGAUGGAUCUAACAGAAGAUUAGAUAUACGAAACAACUCUCAAUUGAAUGGUCUUAAUGUGCCUGAUGCAUGUUUGGUUCCAGUUGGUUGUACUCAAGAUGUUCUUGAUUUAAUGAAAAUUGGUCAGAGGAACCGUGCGGUUGGUGCUACUGCUCUAAAUGAGCGAAGCAGUCGUUCUCAUAGUGUGUUGACUAUUCAUGUCAGAGGAAGGGACUUAGUUUCUAAUUCAGUUCUUAAGGGUUGUCUUCAUCUUGUCGAUUUGGCUGGAAGUGAGAGAGUUGAGAAAUCCGAGGCUGUCGGCGAGAGACUAAAGGAGGCACAGCAUAUUAAUAAAUCUCUUUCUGCACUUGGCGAUGUUAUCUCCUCUUUGGCGCAGAAAAGUCAACAUAUUCCUUACAGAAAUAGCAAGCUUACACAAGUUUUACAAGAUUCAUUAGGUGGCCAUGCAAAGACUUUGAUGUUUGUUCAUAUAAAUCCUGAAAUCAAUGCCAUUGGGGAGACAAUUAGCACAUUGAAGUUUGCUGAGAGGGUUGCAUCCAUUGAACUUGGAGCUGCUAAAUCUAACAAAGAAACCGGCGAAAUCCGAGAGCUCAAGGAAGAGAUAUCAAAUAUCAAAUUGGCAUUGGAGAGGAAGGACACUGAACUGGAGCAAUGGAAAUCUGGAAAUGCACGGAAUGCUGCAGAUUCUCAGAAACCAAGAGCCGUUUCACCUUUCCGUUUGCCCAAAUAUGGUAACAGUGGCGGCAUGAAGCCUGAAAAUAGUCAAAGAUCCAUUGAUGAUAGAAGCUCCGAGGCAAAAAGUUAUUCUUCUGGUAAGCAACGAAGGUCGAGAUUUCCAUCAACAUUUAUCGACAAGGACUCCAUACCAAAAAUGUCUCUUCUGGCUGAAGAAAAGUCAGUGAGCUCAGGAAAGCAUAGAUCACCAUCACCUCCAAUCAGGAGAUCAAUAUCCACCGAUAGAGGUUCUGUCACUAAAAGCAAGAUCAAAAUUGACAAUGCAGAAAACCAACCAAUUUUGAAGCAUCCAUUUCUAGCUAGAGUACCAGUAAAUAAAUCUCUUGCAACAAUGACACCAUCUAUAGACAAUAAUAACUCAAGGGUCUAUGUACAUUCACAAGAGCCGGUGAAGCACGAUAACAUUUCCGAACCUCUCAUUAACUUCGAGAAAGUAAGCUUUAGGAAAGUUCAUCAAGAACAUGAAGAGGAACAGUCCAAACAACCAUUUGGAGUAGUAAGGCAAGGAAGUGUAAGGAAAAACAAAGCUGACAAUAACUUCAAGUCCAAGCGUCUUCAACAAUCUCCCUUUAGGAUUCAAAAGACCGAUUUAAUACCUAAAUCUAUUCCUGACAUAGAAAUUGCUGGCGAAAUUGUGGAGGUACCUCGAAAGAUUGAUCUCUCUGAGCCAGAAAAUGAUUUUAACUUUAUGCAGUCUGCAAUCAAUGGUGCAUUAAUUGUUCCAAAAAAACGUCGCAGCAUCUCAAGGAAUUCUCAGAACCUUGAACCAAGAGGAAUUGUGCAAGGAGCUGAACCAUUAUUGUCUAGUAAAGUUGAAAACAAACUUUCAAACGGUCAAGGUCGUAAUCUUAAGGAAGUCAAUACAUCCAUGCAUGAAUUUAAAAGAAGCCGAUCGACACCACGAGGAAAGUUUUUUGUUUUAUGAUGAAGAUUUCAUGUUAAUAUUCUUUAAAAUUUAUAUUAUGAAUUUAUGUAUAGUGGUCAUUAUUGAUGUCCAUGUUGAGUUUCACCUCAUAUAUUAUGUUGCAUGAUCUUUAUCUAUUUUUUGUGUUCUGUCAUGCUCCUUUGUAAGGCAUUUUAUGAACUCAACUACCUUAGUUAGUCUUACUUCAUGACAAGCACAUGUGUGAAUGUUAAACUUAUAGAUACAAUUUAUAUUGUGCUUAUUCAAGGUUUAAUCCAUUUUUUCUUUGAUUUGAUUGUA